CUGAUAUCAUGGUAGGGGAAAAGCUCUUGUUGGUACCACAGUAGAGUAGCGGCCUUCACCGCGGUUUCGUUAUACGGCAUUAUGUGAAAGUGCCGUUUUUCUCAAUUUCGAAUUUAUUUUUUUAUACGUAUUAUUACACAUUGUGAGACUAAAGUGGUGGCUAGAGACAGUCUAGGGUAUUGAUAAUUUGAUGGUUAUUGAUACCAAGUCGUUUGAUGCUAAUAAAACUGUUAUAAUAUUUAGUAAAGACCCUAAAGCGACGUAGGCGAAUGAUAGAGACCGUAGAGACGUUCCAAGGUCUUUUGUUUCUUGUGCUGUGAAUAUAUAUCUGUAUGUAUACGACUGUAUAUUUGAGUUGUGGCGGUGAUUAGCCACACUCACUUUUCAUCAAAGGAUACUAGAUUACAAUUAUUCUCUUUUUUUUUUUCAUCUUUUUUUUCUUUCACUUGUGUUGUAAGUGAAUAUUUAUUAUUUAUUUAUUUAUUUAUUUAUGUAUCUAUCUACAUUAUUACUUUAUUCAAGACAUUGAUAAUAAUAAGAGUAAUAAUUAAUAAGACAGGAAUAAUAUAAAUACGUGAUGUAUGCGUAAUUUUAAAGUGAAUCUGUGAGUGGAGAUUAAUGUAAAUGACCAAGGCAAGUUGACAUUGUCCUGAGUGUUGGUGUUUAGUUCUUGGUGUUCAGUGUUCUUGUUGUGCUGGCACAUCAAGAAAAAGAUAAAAGGGGGAGUAUCCGUUAUACCUCUACAGUGUGUACAAGCAUAUAGUGUGAGUGGUAAAGAUGGCACAGUGAUACAGGAGUUUUAAUAACAGUGAACGUCUUAAGAAUGGCGAUGGGUCAUUAACCUGGACAGAAUAAAAGUAAAAAUAAAAAAGAUACAAAAAAAAAGAGAGAAACAUAUAUAUAUAUACACACACACACACACGUGUGCGCACGUGCAAGCCAGGAUAUUAAUCACAUCAUUUAUAUAUUUAAUAUUGGUCUAUUGAAUAUAUGUAUAUGUAACUUUGUGACAGUUAAUUUUCAAGGUAUUAAACAAGUUUUAAGCAAUGUUUAUCAAGUGUCUUCAAAUAAUGAUACUGAAUGAUAAUGAGUCAGUGAUAAUAAGAGCGAGUGAACGAGCAGUAUGCCACCGGUGUUAGGAGGUGGUGGCGCGACAGCAAUGGCGGUUCUUCCGGCAAGUCCGCAGACUGCCACACAGGGAAACCCACAUCCCCAUAAUCAAACGGGACAGACGCAACUUUUACUGGCUGUUAGCGGCAGCCAGCCACAGCCGCAGCUGCUUUAUCAACCCUACAAUUUGAUGCCAGCAACUGCACCAGCACCAACACCAGUAACAACCACAGCAACAGCAACAGCCGCUGGUUCACCUUCUCAAGCUACAAGUUUCACUCAACAUUAUAACAACUCGUCCUCUGCUCAAAUUCUUCAUCACCAACAACCGUAUCAUUACGAUCCUUCUGUCACAACCAUUCCUCUUGAACGAAGAGGAGACAUGGAAGUACGUGCAGAAUUAGAGAUAAAGCGAGAUCGAGAGAAGGAAGUCAAAAUGGAGCGUGAGAAGUUAGAAAAACAAAGAGCUGCCGAACAGGCAGUGCACAAGCAUUUUGAGGAAUCACUAAGAUUAGCACAACAAAAGAGAGACAUGCAGUAUGCUUCAUUGGGUUGGAAUAGCAUUAUUCCAUUACCACCACAUGGAAGCAGAAGUCAUGGAGCUCCACCACCUUCAUCACAAUCAAAUAUUCCUUCACAUGGACAUCAUCAUCAUUCUAGUGUAGCAUCUCAUUCCGUACUAGCUCAAUCACAACAAUUGCAACAACAAAAACAACAGCAACAUCAACAACAAGAGCAACGUGAGAAACGUGAUCCAGUAAUGGAAUGUGAACGUGAUAUACAAGGAACAGUGGCAGACAGGAUUCAUAGGAUUGUAAUGAAAACACGAGAAGAAAAUUUAUCACAAGGUACAAGGGAAGAACGUGUUGAUCAACGAGAAAAAGAUCGUGAACAUUUAGUAGUAACAACAGCUGCACCGACAGAUAGAAUUCAUAGGAUUGUGAUGGAAACAAGAGAUGACAAUUUAAAAUAUUUAAAACGAGGCUCUAAUACUUUUUAUUCUACUCCUCCUCCUAUGCCGAUUUUGCGACCUUCAACUGUAUUAAAUAAAGUCACUGAUCCACCACGCUCAGCAUAUUCGAGAAUAGCAGUGCCACAAAAUAUUGGCGAAUCGUCUCGUGUCGUUAUACAAGAGUGGCCAGCGCGACCGCCAUCACCAUCAAUGUAUGCAGAAUAUGAGGAACCUGAUCAUGAUAUUAAAGUUGAUAAUGAUCAUCAGCAUAAAUCAAGCAAAAAUUCAAUUAGUGGUGGCAAUCUUAGUGAUCGAAGUGAACAUUAUCACCACCAUCAACAACAUCCGUCUCAACCUCAACAUCAUUCGCAUCAUCACCAUCAUCAUCCGCAUCAUAAUAAAGAAAUGUUAUCUAAUCAUUCAUUAAUAUCAUCAGAUCAUAAAAAUUCUGUCAUUGUGAAAAAUGAUCAACAGCAAAGUAGAAAUGGUGCUGGAGAUACUCAAAAAAUACCUUAUUCUUCUAGUCCAAAAAUGAUGGCAUAUCCUAAUGUACAGUCAACGCAACUUAAACCUGUUGCAUAUGAAUACAGAAGUCCUACACAAAGCCCUCAUCAUCAUCGUUUACAUCAUCAUAAUUUGGACAGCAGUAAUAUUCAAAUGAAAGGUUUGUCACCAACUAGUAGUCAUCAUAGAGCGGCUAUUGUCGUUACUGCAGCAGCAGUUGGACCUUUUCAAAGUCCACAGAGCAGUAGCCACUCUCCACAUUUGGCGGUACAUAACCGACAACCACAGUCACCUCAUCAAACGGCACCGCAUCUUACGGCAUCAGAGCAACCACUACCUCGACAUCUCAGUAAUAGUAGAACCGAUUUACCUUAUGUCUCGUCAUCAACGUCGUUGUCGUCAUCAUCGCCGUCACCAUCUCAUUCUUAUCUUCAUCAUCGUCCACCCAAUGUCUCUCCAACACCGCACUAUGCCACACAAACGACUUCCAAACCUAAAGUUAGUAGUCCUGCACCACCUCAUAUAUAUGGAAAGCCCACAUCUGGUAUUAUGACUGGUACUCCAGUAUGUCGAAAUUUAGAAUCUUCUAUCUUAGCACCUUUACCACUUACUUCAAAGAUUUCGAGUCCGUCGUAUCAACAACAAGAAAAACAUCAACAACAGCAACAAGUGGCUCGUCAUCAUGGAGUAUCACCGUCACCCCCAUCACUGCCACCUCCAGCGCAUACUAGUCGAUCUAUUUAUGAUUCACGAGGAUACUCGAGUUCUUUACCAGUAUCCAAAUUAUCACAACCACCACCACCGCCACCACCUUUACCUCCAUCGCCGCAUCAAAUGCUUCACGGAUCUCCGUCUCCUUUAGGACCUCCAACUUUAUCCAAAUCAAGUGUUCCAUACUCUUUACAUGUUGGUAAUCACAAUCAACUAGAUGAAAGAGAUAAAGAGCAGGAUAAAGACUCACAAUCUUUAGCAUCAGCUAAUAUAUCUUUUCAAACUCAACCGUUAGAUCUUGGUGUUGAACGAUCUGAUUCACCGAAACGUAAAGCAUCAGCAUCAAACGAUCAUACUAAUCAAGCUAUUUCUUCAGGUGAAUUUAAAAAGCGUAGAACAGAAGAACCCCAAUUAGCAUCAACUUCACCAGCUUCUACGGCUCAUAAUAAUGCUGGAUUAUUUGCUCAAUCUAAUCAUCAUCAUUAUCAAACAGCAGCACAAGAAAAUACAGUAGUUUCUCUAGCAUCAACACCAAGUUCAAAAAUAGUUAAAAAUGAGGUUACUAGCGGAAAUACAAAUUUUACUACAUCUGUAGGACAAAGUUCUACUAGUAAUGUUACAUAUACUGCCGUACCUACUCUGACCGUCAAUGAGUCUACUACUUCAACAAAUUCAACGUCCAAUAGUUCAAGUACUGAUAUUGAAAAAUCUAACAGUCCUGUAUCUGUUGCUGUUAGUAGACCACCAAGUCGAACUAAUUAUCCAGUUCAUAAGCUCAAAAAGGCUUGGCUUCAGAGACAUUCAGGUGAGGAUGGUACAACCAAUGAUGAUUUGUCGAAUAUUAAUGUUACUAAUAAUGACAGUAGUAAUGCUAGUUCGAAUUCUCUUGGUGCAAAUGUAAACAUACCAGAGUCUAGUAAAAUAACCGCCUUAACAUCAUUAACAACAACGACUACGACUGUGACAACAGCAUCAACGACAAGUUCAUUAAUGGUAACAACUACAACUUCAAUGACAACGUCAACAACGACUGCUACAGCUAGCACUCCUUCGAGUGGGUUUCAUUCAACUGAAAACUCUGGAAGCAUGACAAAUAAUAGUCAAAAUAAAAAUAAAAGUACUGGAGGUAAAGCAGGAAAAAAAUCAACAAAUAAAGAAUUAAAUAAUGGUCAUACCAUUGAAGAAAAUAGUAUAAAAAAUCAUUUUCAAGAAGAUUCAUCUAGUAGUGAUGUCGAGCGGAAAUCACCAUCCAAAAGAAAACCACCAUCCAAGGUAAAACGUAAAAAAGGAGCUGUAUUGCUGCGAAAACAACAGGCAGCUGUGGAAGAACAGAGACGAAAAAAAGACGAUAAGCAACAGCGACAACAAAUGGGAUCAGGAAUGGAUGGGACUGGUGGGGGAAGUGGUGGUGAUUCUAGUAAUGAAAGUGAAAUUGGCUCAGCAACUAGUGAUACUGCUAGUGAACAACUGUGUUCAUCUUCAGCCGUUCAGUCUACUACAAAAAAAAAUUCAACAACUAAUUCAAAUAACCUUAUAGGCAAUGGAAGCAACAUAAGUAACAAUAUCAAUACUCCAAAGGAACCUAGGAAGCGAGGUCGAAGGCCUAAGAAUUCCAAAGGAAAUGAUGUUGGAGGUGGCAGUGAAGAUCAACAGCCUCGCCAAAAAAAAGAACGUAAAGAUGAUUGUUCUAAUAAUGAAAACAGUCCAAGUUGUAAUGAAACUGGUGGUGGUAAUAAUAAUGGGCGAGGUAAUGGGGAAGGAAGUAGCGGCAAUGGUGGAAGUAGUGGUGGUAACAGUAGUAACAAUGGAAAAAAUAAUCCAUUUUGUAAACCCCCUAUAUCACAAUUGAAAAAAACCGGUGAUAGCUGGCUUCAAGAUCUAGCUUGCUGUGAGGUUGCUCCUAAACUAGCCAAAUGUCGAGAAUGUCGUUAUUAUUCAAGGGGUCCUUUAUCACGUUUAAAAAAUCAAAAAGUUUUUUGUCGCUUUUAUGCAUUUCGACGAUUACGUUACACGAAAAAUGGUCAACUAGCAAUUGCUGGUUUCAGUGAUCCUCACAAAGAUGCAUCAAAGGAUGACAUAGCACUUUGGUUGCCGUCAAAUCAUCAUCAAAAAAAUGAUUUUAAAGAUUCUGAGAAAAUGCAUGUUGAUAAUAAAGAAGUUUCUGGUGAUUGGCUGGACUUGACUUAUGAUAUGGCAUAUCGACUUAUCUGCCAGGUUGGUGACCAAUUCUGCGAUCUCGUCCGACAGGAAAAAGAAGCUCUUUCGGAGCACAUGGCAGACGCCGAAAAUGGAAUUGUAGACGGUACCGUGGCAUGGAAACGUGUGGUCCAAGGUGUUCGAGAAUUGUGUGACGUUUGCGAAACAACACUCUUCAAUUAUCACUGGGUCUGCGCUAAGUGUGGGUUUGCAGUGUGUAUAGAUUGCUUUAAGGGACGAAAAAAUGGAUCAGUUACAAUCUGGGGUGAGAGUGGAAAAGAUCGUGAUGAAUUUUCUUGGUUGUUAUGUACAAAUCGUCAUACUCAUGCACCUGAAAAACUUAUGCUCACUCAGAUAAUUGCUGGAGAUAGUUUAUCAGUGUUGGGCGAACAGUUACAUCAAGUUAGAGCUGAAUGGGGUAUUCCACAACACUGUAAUUGUUCAGUAGCAGAAUCAUCGAUAUCGAAAAUUCCUGUUAACGAAGCAUUGAAAGAUUUUAUUAAAAGCGAAAAUCAAGAUAUAGUAGUAACGAAUGACGACAAAAAAAAUAUUGGAGUGAAUAAUAGUAAAGCAAUAUGCGAAAAGAAAGGAAGUGAUGGUGCCAGUGGAGGACAAGACAAAAAUUCACCUCUUAAUUGGUUAGCGGAUGUUGCUCUUCAAAAUCAAGAUAAUAAUAAGGAUUGUAAUGACAGCAGUAGUAGAAAUAAAGCAGUAGUAGAAAUCUUAUCUUCGGACUCAGAUGAAGAUGAAGAAGAUCAUGAUGGAAAUUAUUCCACUCUUAGAGAACUUUUAAUUCGUCCGUCUCAUAAAUCAUCAAAUGGGAAUAUCGCAGGUGCAGGAGUAUCUGAUACUGGUGCUAAUAGUGAUGGUGGCCGAAGCAAAAGUAGUGGCAGUGGUAACAAUGAUUCCAGAUCUAAUUCCCCUACGAAUAAUGGAGGAAGUAACAAUCAAGUCAAUUCGUCUACAGCGAAUAGUGUUAUUGUUAAUAAUGUAACAAAAGCAGGUAAAAAAUCAAAUAUGGAUAAACUUGAUGAAGUAAUAUCAAGUGUCAUUGAACAUACAGUUAAGAAAGAUCGAGAGGACAGUGGAGUUGAUGAUUCAGCAGAGGCUACAACAGCGUCAGCAACAUCUGCAACAGUAAAGGGAAAGCCACCGUGUGAACUUAAGCAUUUUGUUAGAAGAUAUAAGUGGACGGAGAAAGGACGUGAACCGUUGCCUAUUAGAAUUAUGACUUUGACUGAAAGUAAAAGUCUGUAUCCUAAUGUUCCGCAUUCUUGGCUGUGUGAUGGUAAAUUAUUAAGGCUCAAUGAUCCUCAAAAUAUGAACAAUUACAAGAUAUUUCAAGAUCAAUGGAAACGAGGGCAACCAGUUAUUGUAUCUGAUGUUUCUAAAUCACUUAAUAUGGAACUAUGGCAUCCAGAUUCAUUUAUUCGUGACUUUGGAGAUGAAAAGAAUGACUUAAUUAAUUGUAUGACUGGGCAUACAGUACCUCAUCAACCAAUGCGUAAAUUUUGGGAAGGUUUUGAACAUUUAACAAAAAGACUUAAGGACGAUAAAGGAAAUCCAAUGCUUUUAAAACUUAAAGAUUGGCCACCUGGUGAUGAUUUUGCUGAAUUGUUACCAUCAAGAUUUAUGAAUCUAAUGGAGGCACUUCCACUCUCAGAGUAUACUCAUCGUUAUGGUCGAUUGAAUUUGGCUAGUAGACUUCCAGACUGUUUUGUAAAGCCAGAUUUAGGUCCAAAAAUGUAUAAUGCCUAUGGUUCGGCUAUGUAUCCUAAUAAAGGAACGACUAAUCUUCAUUUAGAUAUUUCUGAUGCUGUGAAUGUUAUGGUUUACGUUGGUAUUCCAAAGGACGGUGAUAGUGAUGAACACAUUAAAGAAGCUUUAAGAGCUAUCGAUGAAGCAGGCUGUGAUAUUUUAACUCGUCGACGAGUUCGAGAUCGUAGUGAAGCACCUGGAGCGUUGUGGCACAUUUAUGCAGCUAGAGAUGCUGAUAAAAUUCGUGAUCUACUAAAUGCCGUAGCUUUAGAACGUGGAGCACGUCUGGAACCGCAUCAUGAUCCUAUUCACGACCAAAGUUGUUAUCUUGAUGGGCCGCUACGUGAGAGACUCUACCGUGAAUACGGAGUCGAAGGAUAUGCUAUAGUCCAGUGCUUAGGUGAUGCAGUAUUUGUACCAGCUGGUGCUCCACAUCAAGUACGAAAUCUUCACAAUUGUAUUAAAGUUGCCGAAGAUUUUGUUUCACCAGAAAAUGUAUCACACUGUUUCCAUUUAACUCAAGAAUUUCGUGCACUUUCUGAUACUCAUACUAAUCACGAAGACAAACUACAAAUUAAAAAUAUCGUAUAUCAUGCUGUAAAGGAUUCACUUACAGUGUUAGAAACAGCUAAAGAUAAGGUGUAUGAUAUGAAGAAGGAAGUUGAAAUUAAAAAGGAGAACGAUUUAACGUGGAAAAAAAAAUAAUUUACGGAAAGUAAGUAUAUUAAUUUUGAUUUUACUGAAAAAUUGAAAACGUUCUGUUUACAUUGAUUUAUAUGAGCACUAAGCUAUAUAAUUUGACAAAUAAUUGAAACGAUAUACAUACUGAAAAUGUAUAAGAUUAUAAAAAAUUAUAAAAAGAAAACUAAUGUGAAUUACUUUACGUAUUAGAAUAAAAUAAAACAUUAUCAUAAAUGGCUCUUCACAAUAUCAUCAUCAUAAAUUGUUAUUAUUAUUGUUGUUGAUGUUGUUGUUGCUGAUGAUGUUGUGGAGUUGUGAUAUUUGACUGAUAUUUUCUUAUUUUUUCUUAUUAAUAAUUAAUAAGUUAUUCUUAAUGAAUAACUUUGAUGUUUAUUGUAUAUUAGUUAAGAAUAAACCAUACUUUGCACUUUUUUUUAAAUUGAUACAUUUAAUUUUUUUCAUUGCUAUGUCUGUAAUAAACAAACUGAUUUGUUUAGUAAGAAAUCUUUAAUUUUUAUUAAACUGCAACAAAUAUAGUAAAAAAAAAAUCACUGUAACUUUGCUAUUGUGGCAAAAGUUACUACAUUCAAUACCAUCACUGUGAUAAACACAGUCCUUUGUAAUCAAUUUCUAUUAUGAAUGAAAUUUGUGUGAAAUGAGAUAUUGAAAUCAUUCAUUAUCGAUAAUAUUGUCCAUGUUUUAUUUACUAUGGGCGCGUGUGUGCAUGUUGAACGAGACUUGACCACUGCCGUUUUUAUGCAAUCACGUCUCAUAAGACAAAAAAAAAAAAUAAUAAAAAUUCGAAAAAAACACUUAAGUGCCGUCCAUAAGAUUGGACUUGAUUUUUUCUUGUUUUAUUUCACUUAAACUUUUUACUCUUAUAAUUUUAUUAUCAGUGCAUGAUUAAUAAAAAAAAAAACAAAAAAUAUGAAAGUGAUUACAAAUAUAAAUAGUUUUUUUUUACUCCUUCUUGAAUAUACAAAAUCCGCAGGGAAAUAAAUGAUGCUAAUACCGUCUUAUAAAGAGAAAAAAAGAAAUAUAAUAAUUUAAGAAUCUUUUAUUUUUGUAAUAAUGCCAAGAAUUUUUUAAAAUAUUAUUUUGAAAUUGUCAAUAAUAUGUACACAUAGACAUUUUGGCUUAAACUAUUUACUAUAUUUAAACAAAAUAUUGUAAUUUAAAAGAUGACACGAUUUUUAAUAAUAUGUACUAUCAAUAUUAAUGGAAUAUUUAACGAUGCAAGCCUAAAUGAAACGGUUUAUGCUAUUUAUAAUACCCUGUAUUAACAACGAUUUUACUAUAUUUCAAGAGAAAAAAUGUAAUUACAUUUUAAGCUUACGAUUAUAAACAAUGUAAAUAUUUCUAAAAGUCAAAAUAAAGUAAAGAAGGUCAUAAAUAAAAUUAAAAAAAAUUGGAAUAAUUCGUGGUAAUGAGAGAAUAGUUACACUCCCGUAUAUGUACAAAGUGUAUAUAGAUUCAACAUACUUUAUGUAUAUGUAUAAAUAUGAUAAUAAAGUUUAAAGAUACGAUAAGCAUAAA